AAUGUUGCAUAAAGUAAGUCAAUGACUUCGUGGAAACUGACAACAGAUGAUAAUUCUAACAACAGUGCCAAGUAAAAGCAAAUAUGUGUCAGUAUGUUGCAUUUUUUUAUCUUUUAUUACUACUUGUACGUAGAACAGACUAUGUUGUUUGGUUGCUAACUUUUAUGUACGUAAUUUAAUAUAUUUCUUGUCUCAAUAUUUCAUUUAUAUAAGUUUUUUAUCUAUAAACGUUUAUUUUUUAUUACUAAUCAAAUAUCGGUCAUCUCUUUUUCUUUUUUGCAUUUCUACUACCGCUUUAUCAAUCUUAUAUUUCCUAAUUAUAAGAAUUGUAAUGAACCAAACAACAUUUUAAUGCGCGGUACGCAUUAGAAAUGCAUUUCCGCUAGCAAUACGUUAUUCAAUUCACUUUUAGCACAUGCAUUGUACGAUGGGUUAACUGUAUUUUAACGGUAAUAAUGAAAUAUAAUUUGAAAAGGGAUUUUCAAAUUUGUAAUUUUAAAGGAUAAUUAUUAACAGAUCUAAUUUAAACCUAAUUGAAUAUUUUUUAACUUAAUACUUUCAAUACAACAACCUAGAUAAAAUAUGUGAGGAGUGUUUAGAAAAAGAAGAUUUAUUAUUAUUGACGUGAUUUAGCUGCACGAAGUAUUUCCGAAGUAACCCGAUCGUUUGAUCCAGUGCAGUAGAAAAAAUAUGCUUUAUAAUAUAUAUAAUAAUAGUAAAUAAAUUUUUAUCUUGAAAACGGUUAUAUAAUAAAAUAAAUUUCUUCAAUUUCUUAUUUCUUAGACUUUUUGAUAUGUUUAUAUUUCUAAAUCGUUUUGAUUUUAGUUCACUUAUGAAUUAGAAUUAGUUUUCUUAUAAUUUUUAUCUGUCUAAAUAAAAUAUAAAAAGAAAUCAAUCUUAAAUCAGAAGAGUACUAAAAUCAAAACGAUUUAGAAAUAUAAAUGUAGGGCUUACUUUACUACUUAGUAAAACAGGAUUUUAGAAAUACUGAAAUAUAGUAAUCUACCUCAAACUGAAGUGUAAAAUAAUUUAGUUCAAAUACUUAUUAUCAAGAAAUAAAGAAUUCGCUCAAAGGACUGUCAUUCUAUACUUCGAAUACUGUAGGAAUCUUCAAUUUACUCAUAAUUAUUCAGUUUACCGAGUUUUACCUAUUAUUAUUUUAUGAACAAUAAAAAUUAUGAUUUUAAUUACUAGUAGCAAUGAAUAUAAAGAGCAUACUUAUUUGAAAAAAUAUGCUCACGCCAUUUUUAAGAAUAUUUGCUUCUAUAACGUGAAAUUUUUUUGGUUACUUCACUGAACAUGAUAAUCGGGAGACAUCGGAAAUUUCCAUUGACAGAUCUGGUAGCUAAAUCACACUAUUAAAAUGACUUAUGUCAAACUGACCGAAAAUGUCAAGGAAUGGCGGGGUUUUGUAAAAGAAAACGAUAAUUAAGUUGUUUUUUUUUUAGAUUUUAUUAAUAUAACAGUGAUUAGAUUUUCAAGUAAAGACAUGGAUACAGAUCAAACGUUAUCGGUUUCAAAGGGUGUUUUUAUAUUUAAAAAUGAAUUUAAAGCUUCUAAAAAACAAAGUAAACAUAAGAAAAAAUCAGUUUGUCAAACUAAUACGCUAUUUUCAUCGAAUAUGUGGUAUCAACAUUAUCGUUCUUUGUGGGACGUCAUUGAGGAAGAAAUACACAUUUUAAACGAUAAUCUAUUUUCUUCAGUAUUAAGUAACCUCAUAAACUUUGUUAAAACCAGUCAUAACGAUGUUGUAAAUGAAAUCCCAACAGCAGCGUUAUUUACUGGAAUCAAUAUGCCAGAUCACGGCGCACAAUUCGCAUCGCUUUCAAAACAAUUAAGAGAAACUACUCCGCAUGUUGCCUACUUACAAAGUCAAGAUUGCCAAAACAUCAAGUAUCUCAUGGAAAAUAUGAUCAAUGAAUUUGUUAAUGGUGAUUUGAAGGAUGACUCUUUUGACGUGGUGAAAUCACAUAUAAGGAAAACGCAACUAAGUAUGGCUCUACUUAAAUGCUGGUAUAUGGACUUAUAUGAAGAUUCGAAGAAAAAACCUCUAGCUGUAAUCAUUCCUGAUUUUGAAAGCUUCAAUCCGAGUGUCCUCCAACGGUUUAUCCUAAUAAUAAGUUGUUAUCUCAAGGAUCUGCCGUUUGUGCUUAUUUUUGGAAUAGCGACUGAUAUGAAUGCUCUACAUGGUACUUUACCUUAUAAGGUGUCUUCAAAAAUCAGAGUGAAGGUGUUCAAUUCCCAAAGGUCAAUAGAAUAUUUGAAUAACGUCUUGGAAAAAGUGUUUUUCUCAAAUGUCUGCCCGUUGCAGUUGGGAGGCAGAGUGUUCAAUCUUUUCAUGGAGUUAUUCUUGUUCUAUGAUCUAUCAGUUAAUAAUUUCAUCAGGAAUAUCAAGUAUGCUUGUGCAGAUCAUUUUACUUACGGUAACGCGAUGGCAUUAUGCAAUUUAAGCAAAUACGUUAAUCAAGAAACUAUUCAAGAAUUUACUGAAGAUGAUUUUGAAACUGUACGACAAUUACCGUCAUUUAAAAAACUCGUAGAAAGUGAAUCAAAAGAUAUACAAGUGAAAUUACUAGUAGAUAAUGACUAUUUAAGUGAAGUACUCUAUCAAAAAAUUUGUGAUAUACAAACAUACAUUAAAUUAUUACAUUUAUUUUUGAGAUGCCUGUUGGUGCUUGUAGAAGACUUACCAAGAGCCCCGUUAGGUAAACAGGUGCGAGAAUUAUAUGCUAUAGCCACUGUAAAAAAAAUAACUGAAACUUCAGAGUACUUAGAAUGUAUGAAACUUCUUAAUUUUCAAUCAAAAGACGAACUGUGUGUAAAAUUAACAAGGAUAGUUGAAAUUUUGACCAGCAACGAAGUGCCUAAAAACGACGAAAUUCAACAAUUUGUAAAAAUAUUAUCGAUUUAUUUAAAAAAUCUUGAAAGUAUCGGGGUAAACGAUUUUGAUGAAAAAAUGGAAGAAUGUGAAGAUAAUACAAAACCAGUCGAUUUGAAAGUAGCCAGUAGAACCCAGCUUAGACAGAAACUUCUAGAAAUGACCCAACAGCCGAAUAAGUCUCUUACUAAAUACGAAAAAUUGAGAGAAGAAAUCAUUAAAAACAUAUCGGAUACGUUCAAAAAGUUCCUUAUGGAACCGGAAUCGCGAUAUUUUCACGAAAUUUUCUUUUAUAAUAAUAUAAGUAUUAAAAAUUACAUUAUAGGAUCUCAUCGAUCUGCGAUACACAAUGCUUUGAAUGAUCCCCAAUUUUAUCUGCAGUGUGAAUGUUGUGAACUGGCUAAUCCCACCUCUAUAAACCCCACCAUGCCGGAUAUUUGUAUAGCAUACAAACUACAUUUGGAAUAUGGAAAAAUGAUAAAUUUAUAUGAUUGGUUGCAGUCUUUCUUAAGUAUCGUCGAUCCAGAUGUAGAUACACAACAGACUGCGAAAAUUUUUAUAAAACCGGAACUGCAAGCUCGGUUUACACAAGCCGUUGCCGAGUUAGAGCAUUUAGGUUUCAUCAAGAGUUCCAAACGAAAAACCGAUCAUGUUCAAAGAUUAACUUGGGGUGGAUAAUUCAAUUUAAUAAAAUAAUUGUGUGGUUAUUUAUUUUUUUAAUAAAUUUUUUUAUUUCGC